GUUAGUUGGUUUGAGUGAGUGUGCAUCGGAUUCCCCAGCAUGGAAGGAAGCUGGUAAACAUUUGUUAAAAAGCAUAACAUUCAAACCGGAGACCAAACAAACAAGAAGCUUGAUCACACACCGGCUAUGUAGGGUUGAUGUUCUGGUGUUCCUUUCAACCAUGCGGCGACUCGGGGGAAGGGCCCGCCUUGUAGCUGAUUACAGGACCGAGCAAUUGAUUAUCUGUGUUGCGUGGUGGCUGUGGCGCAUGGCUUUGUUACAGGACGUCGCAGACUGCAGUGUUGUCUUCCCGGUCGUUCCAGAUGGACGCUCGUGAUCGCGGGUAGUAGCGGUUUAGUAGAAGGUUGACAAAAAGGAGUAAAACAAAAAAACUAAAAUAGUAAAAUGUGUCAGCAGAAACCCUUGCGCUGGGAAACAACAACGGAGCCGAUCAGACACAAGUGAGGUCAGUUCACUAGCUGCCAAUCAGGCCGCAUCACCGUCGAAAAACCGGCAUUACUCGCAGUAGUGCGUGCUCGGUAGUGCGAGAGAUACACCAAACAAGCGCGAGGUGAUGCAAUUUUUGCGCAACAGCCUCUCGUUGUCGUUCAUCAGCAACCCACAGAGCCAGCCGGGAAAUGGUACGGUGAAUGGUGAUCCCGGUGGUGCCCGGGAAGGUAACGACGAUGGCAAACUCACACCCUCACCGUCCGCGUCCAACCUCAGCGAUCGGUCGCGGUACGCAACGGUACGAUCGAAGCUGCCGAUCGACGUCGGCAGCCCACCAUCGGCGUACAGCACCCCGUUCCAGAGUCCGAUCGUUGCCAGCCGGACCUAUCCGGUGCUGAGUGGGGCAGCGCGGGCGCUCAACGGAAACGGAAGUAACGACAACUCGAACGAUGGUUCGAAUCAGGAACGGGCCAGCAAGGUGUACUUCAUCGAACAGGGGCAGCUGCAAACGGAAUACGAACUACCGGAACGACCCGGGAGUCGAGGAACGAGGCUUGAGGAUGGUAUCGUCAAUCCUGCCUUCACCAACGACUCUGGUGCCACAAUGAUAAACAUGUCCAGCACGCAACCGAGCGUCAUACGGGAGCAGUACUGGACCUGGUCUUGCCGGUGCCGCCGAGAGUAUACCCCUCGGGAGAAGGUUCUGCUAAUAGUGAUCUUCAUUCUGGUGCUGGUCAUUGGAGGUCUCGCAACAUAUCUGGGCAUUGUGGUGGACAGUGAUGAUAGUAUUACUGGUGGCAUCCUGACGAGGAGUGCACUAUCCCUAUCUCCAGCUCAGCGGUAACGAAUGGGGGAAAAACGUGGUCAAUAUAUGUGGUCAAACUUACUGUUAACCAUCACAGUCCGAUUGUGAUGACGAUUAUCUUAUCACAGGUUAUUAAUGCAAACUUUUAAAACACACACAAGAGCAACAGCCCAUUAUAACAGAAAGGCUGGACAACAAACUUGCAUCUUUCUCUAUGCUUUAGCACUCAUAACACUAGUCUAGUAUUUGUAUAUUUUUUGCUUCUACUUUACGGUAAAUGCACUACGCUGCGAAAACCUCUCUUUGAUUACUUUAAACCAGGCACAAAAUAUUGUAUAUUUUAUGUAUUUCGCGUAGUAGUUAAUGGAACCCCAGCAAACCUUGAAUGCAAUGGAAACGAAAGCAAUAAAUUUACACGAUGUUUGCGCUU